GCCAGGCAUUGGCAGUGUAACCAUAUCUUUCUGAGGUUGGUAAAAACAAAAUUGGCAACUUGAAAUUAAAUCAUGCCAUGGUUUUGAAACACUUGUCUUAAGGUAUCAAUGAAACACUUCAAAGUACUGCUUUUUCCACCCGACUGUUGCUGCCAUCAUGGACACGAGUCGCGUGCAGCCUAUCAAGCUGGCCAGGGUGACCAAGGUGCUGGGCAGGACCGGCUCCCGGGGACAGUGCACGCAGGUCUGCGUGGAGUUCAUGGACAACAUGAGCCACUCCAUCAUCCGCAACGUGAAAGGCCCUGUGCGCAAGGGCGACGUGCUCACCCUAUUGGAGUCCGAGCGAGAGGCCUGGAGGCUGAGCUGAACUUGUGUCUGUUCCUGG